AUGCAGCGCAGUGAUACAAUUCUCUUAUCGGAGAAGCUGCAAAUGGCAGGGGAAAAGUUGUCGAAAAUCACGAUGGAGGCAGCUGAUCCUGUGGUGGACGUGCUCCGGAGUAUUCAGGGGCCGUUUGCCGUGACCUGGCUGCAUGAGACAGCGAAACGCGUGUAUUUUGCUCACGAUCGCUUUGGACGCAGGAGUCUGCUUUACAGAAUUUGGGGACCAGAAUUUGCAACUAAUGAGCUGGCACGCUUUGUGCUGAGCAAUGUAGCGAUUGAAGAGAACGAAGGAGGCCUCGACAAGUACCAAGAGUUGCCUGCAUCUGGAAUUUACGUGCUGGACUUGCAAGCGCGUCAGCUUCCAUGUCCUACAAUGGCCUUAGAAACGAUUACUGAUCAAGAGACUUUACUGACGUUGGAAGCUUCCGCACGGGCGCUCAUGGUAGCGCUGAGCAAUGCUGUUGGCGUUCGCGUACGCUCCAUCCCGUCGAGAUCUUCAAUGGAUGCGGCAUCUCCUCCAGCUCGAGUGGCUGUACUCUUAUCCGGAGGGUUGGACUCCGUGGUUCUUGCGGCUCUGAGCCACUUCCACGCUCCAAAGAACGAACCUGUCGACCUCCUGACCGUCUGCUUCGAUGAGAAUUCGAGAUUCGCGUCACCUGAUCGCCGUGCGGCCGAGCUAGCGCACGCUGAGCUCUGUGGAUUAUUCCCCGAGCGCCAAUGGAAUUUCGUCAAGAUAAAUGUGACACGAGCAGAGCUUUCGAGUGUGCAGCAGGAGGUGCUGACGCUCAUGGCUCCUUGUGAUACUCAUAUGGAUUUCAACAUCGGAGCAGCCUUUUGGUUCCUUUCACGUGGUCGGGGAGAGUUGGAAAACUGUACUCAAAACUCAGAUAAGGCGACUCUUGAAGAGUUGAAUGCGUUUUUGAAUCCUCAAAGAGCGGAUCUUCGCGAGUUAGCGACAGAAGUUGCAGCUCUUGCACUGUUCGAUCAGAUAGUCGACGAUAUUUUGUGUCCUGUACACAAAUGUGGUCGCAAACGGAAGAACGGAUGUGUGCUGGGCGUAUGUAAGAGUUGUUGCUUCAAGAUCCAACGAGUUGGUUGUCGAGCUAAGCUGGUUUCGAUGGGCUUCCAAUCCGACGCUCAUAUUGAUCUUCUGUUGAUGUUACUGAAGUCAAAGCGUGAGGGAGAGCAAGAGCCACGAGCUCUCUGCUUUGUGCUCGUGGGUAUUGGCGCAGACGAACAACUCGCAGGCUACGGACGCCACCGCACAACUUUGAUCAAUGGAGGAGAAGCAGCGCUGCGAACGGAAUUAGAAAUGGAUCUGGGGCGCAUCUGGAAGCGCAAUCUCGGACGAGAUGACCGUUGUAUUGCUGCGCACGGACGAGAAGCACGCUUCCCUUACCUUGAUGAGGACGUGGUGUCGACCAUUGCAACAUUUCCAGUCUCCAGUCUCUGUGACGCUGAACUGCCUCGCGGUGUGGGGGAUAAACGAGCAUUGCGUAUGGUAGCCAAAUCUCUCGGACUUAGAAGUUGCGCUGGACUGGCCAAGCGAGCUAUCCAGUUCGGAUCACGGAUCGCCAAAGUCUCAAACAACGGCAGCAAUCGCCAAACUCAAGGGAUGAAUAAAUUUUCGAGUGUGAAUUGA